AUGCGAUUACGGGAAUACUUUGCGGACACUGAAAGCAACCAAAAUAUGAAACAGGGAAUACUCGAUAAGUUCCGAGUUAAACCAAAAAGCACAUUUACUCCAAACGCGGGAAGGGACCCAAGCCUCGACCUUUAUGUUGAACUGGUAAAGAAUGAUAUCAUCUCAAAUUUGAGGAAGACUGGCAAAUUAAAUCUAGACAAGAAUGAAAACAAAGCAUUUCAUGAACUGUUAUAUAAUGCUUCGAUUAUCAUCAGACCGGCAGACAAGGGAUCUGGCAUAGUAAUACUAGACAAACAAGUUUACAUAGAGUCACUGAAACACGAAAUGAGUGAAGACAAGGCAUACAGAUCUACUAAAGGCGAUGCAAGUAAACAAAGUAUGAAGAAUGUGAAGUCGCUCGUUAAUAGACUUCACCGACAAGGCAGUAUCUCUGGUGAUAUGAAACAGUAUUUAAUACCAAGGUACCCACAAGCGGGUAAACUCAAAGGAAAUCCGAAGAUACAUAAAGCAGACGCACCUUUACGCACAAUAGUGAGCGGGAUAAAUACAGCUACAGAGAAAUUAGCCGAAUUAGCCGAGCACGAAUUAAAUGAAUAUGUGGAGUCCUCGCCGAGUUACAUUAGAGACACUACGGACUUUAUUCAAAAACUAAAAGAAGUCGAAGAACCACUGCCGGAAGACAAUUGUCUACUAUUUUGUUUUGACGUCAGGAAACUAUAUCCAUCCAUACCCAAAAGAGAAGGGUUAGAAGCUUGCAGGGAAGCAUUGAACGCGCGCUCCAACCCACUAGUCACUUCAACUGAUUAUAUGAUUGACGUAAUCACGACAGUUUUGGAAAACAACAAUUUCAGUCUAAAUGAAAACAACUACGUACAGACAGAUGGAGUGGCGAUCGGCUCAAAACUGGGAAAAAAUUUUGCUUGUAGCUAUAUGCGGAAGUGGGACGAGAAACUCAUGACAGCAUAUAGAGUACCGGCAUUUUAUAAGAGGUUUAUAGAUGAUGGCUUUGGAAUAUGGAUAGGUACCGCGCCUGAACUUGAGGCUUUUACCAUACAUGCCAACUCAAUACACGAAAAUAUUCAAGUAGACCUUCGCAGUAAAAGAUCUUUAGCGUAUGGACUUGGAUUGCGGAUACGAAGAAUUUGUGAGCAGGAAGGUGAUUACAACAAACAUAGAAAUGUCCUAAAACUGCAAUUAAGAAGACGCGGGUACAGCGGGAAAUUCGUAGAAGGCCAGUUACAGAAGGUAGAUGCACUGUCGCGCACAGACUUACUGGAAAAAUCAAAAAAACAAAGGCAAAACGACAGAGUUCCUCUUGUAGUCACGUUUUCCAGUCUUCUUCCCGACGUACACAGCAUUGUACACAAACAUUUAAACGUGCUAUAUAAAUCAGACAGGAUGCGCGAAGUCUUCAGUAAACCGCCUUUAGUAGCAUACCGUAGGGACAGAAACCUCUGUGAUACACUGGUACACAAGAAGACAAGCAAGGCUACCUUCAUCACACACAUAUGUGAGACAAACUGCACGUGCUGUAACAAACUGGCAACAAGUGACAUUCAAGACACAGACGGCAAAAUUACUUACAGCACGUGCAAAAAUGUUACUUGUCGCACGAGAAACGUGAUAUACGGUAUAGGAUGCAACAAGUGCGAAUGUGUUGUGUAUGUUGGGGAGACGGAGAGGCAAAUCCAUGAGCGCAUGAGUGAACACUUGCGAGACGUCCGCCUGCAUAAAGAAAAGCCCAUCACUACCCACUUCGAUUCGAGCCACUGCGAUGGCAAUAUGUACUUCUCGGUCCUGGAGACGCUAAAUAUCGCUGGACGCCAAGAGCGUGUAAUUAGAGAAGCGUUGUGGAUAAAGAGACUUAAAACUAUGAAACCGUUCGGAUGA